CACGACCGAAUUGACCAGCUACUUUCCAUCACUGUCUGCCAUGUUGCUAUAGCCUCAGUUGCUCAAGAGAAUGCCUAAGACUGCUUCCUGACGCUCGUCAUGUCCUCCGGCUCCAGCUCUGGCCUCAUCGCCAUCGUUCUAGCCAUCAAAUCAUCACGCGGCCACCAGAUAGUCUUUCAUUACCCGCCUGAGCCUUUACAGGACUCGGAUAAUGGCGUCUCUGCUGAUUCACGGUCCAUGUCGGCGGACAGCUACCUACCCACCAUCAGUGAGCGUGACACGCAUGAAGAGUCUGCUACGCAACGGAAGAAACCUUGGGAUACGAUUCUAUCUCAUCCAUCCUCCCUACUAGCAGAUAUCUUUACGCCCCAUAAAUCGGACAACAAGUUUGAAUUGUGGAUGGACGACCUCGUCUUUCUUGGCAGUCCAGCGCAUAUCAGGCCUGAUGGGUCAUGGAUCAAACGGAAGCAAAUGGCAGAAAAGCCUGACACGCGUGGAGAAGAUGUUUCAUCUCCGGUGUCAGUGACUGGAUCAAGUGCAAAUCUCCUGUCACCUCAUCCGACCACCUCGUCAACUACCUCGCCCUCGACAAGCCCGUCUCCCAUGACUGUCUUUCAUCUUGUCUUUGCCUUAGAAACACCAAAAACGGAUGCCUACCACAAACAGGUAAAGCAGAUGUACGAAAGCAUCGUCACGCAGCUCACCUUUGCCCUCACGUAUGAACAAGCACGGAGUGAGUACGUCUGGAAACAGUGCGAGCUGAUUCUUGACAUCAAGGAGAAGUCUAUCGCCAACGGCACACCCCUGUCUUUGCUAUGGGACCACAUCAAGCAAGCCUCAGAUCUCGCUCGCGUCAUGGCCCGUACAUUCGAUGCCAUUUCUAGGAAUCAAAUUGCCCAUCUUCUCAUCAACAAACACAUUCAUCUUUCUCUCGGCUUGCCUAGUGAGCUCUCCACAGCAAUCUUACCAAGCGAUACAGACCCCAUGCAGUCAUUCUUGUCAAGUGCACUCAGUUUUGGGAGUAGCCUACAUGAUGCCUCUGCAGACCCUCUGGUCCUGCCGCACUGGGCGCUCCUUUUGCUAGACGAACCAGAUGCCAUUCUCGCGGCUGCUCCACCAGGCGCUUCACCACUUCUUGUUCGUUUUUUAAAAGCCAUCAAGCCAACACUUUCAUUCAGUCAGUUGGCAGAAGUCACCAAAAUCCCACUGCACGAUGUCAGUACGCUUGCUCGACAUCUCGUUCAUUGGCGUUGCGCACUGCCCAUUGCGCCACUUCAUCCAAGACGCGUCUAUGCAGUCUCUCCAAUUUCUCCAAUUCACGAUCUCUCCAAGCAAAGUGCACAAUUCAGUCAACGUUUCCCUACGGUACCACCAUUACCAAAAGUCUUGUCCUUAUUGAGUAGAAAGGCUGUACCGUGGGGUGCCUUGAUUCCAAGUAAAAAUCAUCGUUCACUCUACCUGGAUGUCUUGACUUGGAUGAUGCGAGAACGUUGGCUUAUGGAAGUUCGAACGUUCGUUUGGGUGCGUGUACGCAAGGAGAUUAAGCAGCAAGUGGCAGCGGAUGCAGAAGCAGAACAAGCGGUUGUGUCUGAUGCACCAGCAAAAGAUUGGGAAGUCUCCAUCAUCACUGAUCCCUACAGUGCGAGCUCAGAGGAACGACUGUGGUUGCAGAAGAUGGCUUCGACGAAGCCUGCACAGGAGGCGAAGCUGUUUGAGCGUGUGGUCAAGUACUUUAAUGGCAAGCAUGCGAUGGAGAAGGUGUUGGUCCGUGAAGGCCUGCAUAAGAAGACGCUUCGGAGGUGUCUCGAGGCAUUCAAAGACGAUCUGGUGCAGAGUCAGACCUGGUAG